GUGUUCUCCUGAUUCUGCAAAGAUGGCUGUAGUGAGAAGAGUCGCCGUUGAGAGGACUGGAUAACGAGUUCUUUGUGCCCUGGACCCAUGCUCUGCCUACAUCAGCCUGAAUGAACCCUGGAGGAACACAGACUACCAUGUCAACCAGUCAGCCGGUGUGCCCCUGUGUGACAGCCACGUGUCUGGAGAAUGGUACCGCUUCACCGGCAUGGCAGGGGACGCCAUGCCUACCUUCUGCGUCUCUGAGAAUCACUGCGGCACUCAUGCUCCCAUCUGGCUCAACGGCAGCCACCCUCAACCCCACGAGGGUAUCGUCACCCUGCCUGUCUGCGCCAGCUUCAGUGACAACUGCUGCCAGUGGAACGCCAGUGCCGAUGUUAAGGCCUGCACUGGAGGAUACUUUGUCUAUCGCCUGCCCAAACCCUCAGUCUGCUUCCACGUUUACUGUGGCCAUUUCUAUGAUAUCUGUGAUGAGGUGGACUGUGCAGGCCCCAGAUGUCCCGAGUCUGACUGUCGUUGUGCUCCUGGAACCGCCCUGGGACCAGACAGACAAACGUGCCUGGAUGUAAAUGAAUGUGAGAAGGGCAACGGCGGCUGUGCAGAGGUGUGUGUGAACACCAAAGGUUCCAGACGCUGUGAGUGUGGGCCAGGCCGCGUGCUGGACGAGGAUGGGAGCAACUGCAGAGAGAUAGCAGGCUGUCAUGUUAACAAUGGAGGCUGCAGCCAUGGCUGCACCUCACUGCUGGACUCCUAUCAAUGCCACUGUCCCAGAGGGCUGGAGCUGGGAGAGAAUAAACGAAUAUGUCAGGUGCCAGUCCAGUGUGAGUCCAGCUCUAUUGUUGUGUCAGUUCCUAAGGACCUAGUAGGAGGACUGGAGCUUUCUCUGUCCAACUCGUCUUGUCGAGGUGUUUCUAAUGGCACACACAUCAACCUCAGCUUCAGCCUCAAGACCUGCGGCACCGUGGUAGAGGUGACAGAUGAUAAGAUUGUGGCGACCAACCUGGUGACAGGCCUCCCUAGGAGCAGCCCAGGCAGCAGCAGGGACCUGAUAGUACGCACCAGCAAGUUAGUGCUCCCAGUCACCUGUGAGUUCCCCAGGGAGUACCAAGUGUCGGAUGGAUACCAGGCAAGUCAGCGCAGCUCAGCCCUCGAACUGGCAGGUCACAGUGAGGGAGUCUUCCCCUUCUCUCUGGAGCUCUUUAAGAGCGCAGAGUUCUCUGAGCCAUAUCGCACCCCGCCCCAGCUCCGCCUGCACGACUCCCUGUUCUUCGGGGUGGAGCCAAAGGAGAGGGUGGAUGGCCUCUCUGCACUGGUGGAGAGCUGCUUUGCCACUCCAGGACCUAACGCUGACCAGGCCCUCAAGUAUUACCUCAUCAAAGACGGGUGUAUCUCUGAUGAAACCGUGACACAGUACUCUUCGAAGGACCAGCUCUCUAAGCACUACCAGGUCCCUGUCUUCAAGUUCAUUGGCAAGGACAACCGACAAGUGUUCCUCCACUGCCAGGUGUUAGUAUGCGGGACAGGAGACUCCCACUGUGCCCAGCGUUGUCAGAGACGUGUCCGCCGACAGGUUCGGUCCGGUGAACCUCAGGAGCAGCACACACUGAGUGGAGGCCCCGUCUUCAUCCUGCCUGAGCCAUAUGAUGCUAACAUAAAGCCAUGAACAGGCAGAAAAACACCAUGAGAGCCAACAGCAGCAGCAAAAUUACC